CCCUCUGGAGAGGAGGGCAAGUGCAGGGAAUGAAGAAUGAAUUUAUUUCUAACAGUAUCGUGAGGUACCCCGAGAUUCCCAGCCCUACUCCCAAUACUUGAUGAGGCCCAGCCUCACUCAGGCUCUACCUCCAGCGGCCCCCAGGUAAAUUGUGUUUCACACCCCUGCUAUGUAGGAACUAACCUUACCUCCAUCAACAACAGCAGCAUAGAAACCAUGUGUCUGUUUGCCACUACUCAUCAUAGCAGACUUUGUGACUGCCGCCGAUGACAACUACUUUUGGACAAAGGAGCAAGAACCUUAUCUUUUUGAGCCUAAAUAUAUGGAGGAUGAUCUACAAGUUUUAAAAGCUGAGCCCGCAAGAAGAGAGAGUGAAACGUGGUAGCAGACGGGGGGCAAGCCAUGACACCAGCAUUACUCGGUGGUGUACAUGUUGAGCUUCCCAAGCCAUGUAGACAGAAAUGGAGUGUUUCUGCUGCACUGAGCGUCAUACAGCGUUACCAUCGAUGGAAAGGCUCGGUGUGUAUGGGGAAGAGGACAUCACUCAAAGAGAUUGCAUCACAACGAAGGAAGAAGCGCUAACAGACCCUGCAGUGAUUGAAACUUUUUCCACCUACCCAAAAUAAACUGGAAAGGAUGCCCCAGACCAGCUGGACCUGACGUACAACUGUCCAUGGAGUAAGUCACCAUGAUAUUGAUUGUGAUACAUGGAGCACAUAGCACAAGAUAUCACAACACAGUCCAUCUAGCCGUGGAUAAACAAAAGACGGAAUGUGGGCUAAUACUUUACAGACAGUGUGCUAUCGCAUUGUUUUGGAGGGGGCCCAUUACCUCUCGGUUUGGUAUGAGGCGCUGCGUCACUAUGCCAAAAAAAUAGUUCUUCGUGUUACCAGCUACAAUGUCACUGCAGCUUGGUUUAUACACUCCUGAUCAAAAUCUGAAGACCAGUUGAAAAAUUGCUAGAAUUAGCAUUUUGCACAUUUGGAUCUUAAUGAGGUUUUAAGUAGAGCUACAAUAUGCAAGACGGGGGAGUGAGACAAAAAGCAUUUUUAAAAACAAAUUUAUUGAAAACAACAAUUAAACUGAAAACUGUUUAUCAGCUGAUCAAAAGUUUAAGACCACAUGCUAUAAAAGCCAAAAUCUGCUCAAAAUGUUCAUUUUCUGUCAGGCAUUCACACUGUCAUGCCCUCCUGAUGGCUAAAGCUAAGAAGCUUUCUCUUUUUCAAUGUGGUGGGAUUGUGGAGCUGCAUAAGCAAGGCCUCUCACAGUGUGCCAUUGCUGCUGAGGUUGGGUGCAGUAAAUCAGUCAUUCUACAUUUUUUGAAAGAUCCUGAGCAUUAUGGAACAAAAAAGUCAAGUGGUAGACCCAAAAAAAUCACACCUGUGCUGAGCCGGAGGAUCCAGUUGUGUCCAUCAAGACACAGGGCGGUCUUCCACCCACAUUAAGGCCUUACUGGUGCCAACUGCAGCGCAAUAACCAUCAGACGGCAUCUGCGGGAAAAUGGUUUAAAAAACAAAAAAAUGAAUUCAAAGACCUUGUCUCCUUCAAGGCCACAAAAGUGCCCGUUUAGACUUUGCCAGGGAGCAUCAAACAUGGGACAUUGAAAGGUGGAAAAAAGUUUUAUUCUCUGAUGAGAAAAAAUGUAACCUUGACGGUCCAGAUGGCUUCCAACCUUACUGCCAUGACAAGGAGAUCCCACCUGAGAUGUUUUCUACCCGGCACAGUGGAGGAGGGGUCCAUCAUGGUCUGGGGUGCUUUUCAUUCAGUGGAACACCGGAGCUUCAGGUGGUGCGGGGUCGUCAUAUUGCAGCAGGCAUCCCUCAUGACUGAGGGCCCUCGUCUGUGUGGUAACAGCUGGGUUUCUCAACAGGACAACGCUGCAGUUCACAAUGCUCGCCUGACCAAGGACUUCUUCAGGGAGAAUAACAUCACUCUUUUUGACCAUCCUGCAUGUUCCCCUCAUUUAAAUCCCAUAGAGAACAUUUGGGGAUGGAUGGCAAGGGAAGUUUAUAAAAAUGGCCAUCAGUUCCAGACAGUUGAUGCUCUUCAUGAAGCCAUCUUCUUCACCACUUGGAGCAAUGUCCACUCACAAUGGCGAGAGAGAGAGAGACAGAGAGAGAGAUAUGCCUUUAUUUCCCCACAAGGGGAAAUUCCUGGUUUACAGCAGCAAAAGCAUAGUACAAAAGCACACAAGAGCAUAGAAAGUGCAAAAUCAAGGUAAUACAAAUCAAGACGUUACAUACACUAUUUACAGCUACAGUAUGUACAUGUGGAUCAGUCACAGGUUUAUUGCAAUGGUUUAAGUCUACAUACUCAUUUAAUACCAAAUUGAAGGGAAAGUUUAACGAUCAUGAUAAAGCAGUAUUUGAAGUACAAAAGUACAUACAACCAACGAUAAAGCCUCAUUUUUGGGCGUCACUCACAGUGACGGGUUUUCAAGAUUGUAAGCCCAAAAUUAAACACUUUUAAUACACAACAUAAUCAUCAAACUUACGUAUUUGUUCAUAUGAUACACACAGAGCGAUGAACAACUUCAGUGUUAGGCACUAAUUGUUUUUCAUUUUUAUUCACGUACUGCCAUCAGUUUACCUCUCUAAACAGAACAUUGUUGGUUAGUGUUUUUAGUGCUUUACAGUCAAAGUAGGUGCAUUGUUAGGUCCCACAUUUUAGCUGUUUUUCUCUCUUUAGAACAUGUAGAAAAGAGAACGACAUGUGUGGUCAUGUUUCAGGAUUGUGUAAGGAUUGUGGAUGAUGGGCAAAAUUCCAAAAAAAGUGCAGUUUUCUUUUUAAGACUUUAUAUCCAAAGUCUGUUUGCACAAAUAAAUCGUUACUUACAACUUACAAACAAAUCAAUACUUACUAGUAAGUCAAUACUUACGCUUCUCCCUGCUUGUUGACAUUUUUUAAGGCCUGGAUGGAAGCGUGCAAAUAAUCUUGGGAUACGAUAGGCCACAAAGGAUGGUCUGAAUGCAGACUUCCAUUCGAUGGAAUUUGGUGGAGCCUUCACAGACUUUCUCAUUUGGACAGCCUUCGCACGGUGCAGACCAGUACUUCUUCUUGUUUGUCGUUAACGGCGGAUGCAGGCUACGUUAGUACACUACCGCCACCCAUGGGAUGUGAACGAUCAUUAUGGCUUACAGGCUUAUGCUCGGAUGGUUUACUGAGAAUAUCUUUCAUGCUGAAUGUCUCUCCCAUGUCCACCAUUUUACUCUUCAUAUUUCUUUCUCUGCCGUACCUAGUGCAAUUUUUGUAAGAACACGCUCUACUGUCUCAAAAACCCUUUAUCACAUUUACCAGUCUCAUGUUUAUGCAUUUUUAGGUUUAUGAAUGACAUCCUGUCUCCUUCUCUCCCCUUUCUGGGUUUUUCAGCUCCUCAUACACUUGCUCCCAGGUGAUAUACCCUUAGUGCCCAAAUAUUGAGCUGCACUUUUCACAUCAAUGGCUCUUUUCUCCGAUCUAUGUUCAGAUCUAUGUGCAGUUGUCGUCCGCAAUGAUGUACAAGAAAUGUUCCUUUUAACAAUUAAGCAGGGGUGCUCACACUUUCUCAGCCUGCAAGCUCCUUUUAAAAUGACCAAGUCCCAAAGAUCUACCUCCUACUAUAAAUAUAGAAAGUAUAUACUUACUGUCUUGGUAAAUAUGAGUAUACUGUACAUUGUACAUGUAUGUCGGGGUGCACGCACCUUUUCAACAUGCAAGCUAUAAGUCAACAUGAUCUAUCUCUUACUAUAAAACAUAUAUAUAAAAAGCACAACAUAUAAUAAUAAUAAUAAUAAUAUCAAAUAUGAAGUAUAAAAAGUGACUCAUGAAAACUUAAGUCAGUAAAAGGAAUGGAGUUUCACAUCACUAAGACCAAGAAAUUAAACAACUUAUCGUAUUCAGGAACAAAUCUGUCAAUAGCGAGCGACGAGUGAAGGAAAGUGAAGCAACAACAAUGAAAAACGCCACUCUUGUUGCCUUUUGUUUUCUUUCUUUCUUUUUCCUCUCUCGUCAGACUCCACUCUGACAGGUCGAGUGUUGGCGGGAAACACACUUUGUGGGCGUGAACCUAAUGACGCUCAACUGGGAAAUGAAAACAAUGGCUCAGUCUGACUGAGCUCUGCUGGACGGGUUCUGAUGUUGACGGAGUUGACAUGAGAUGGACUAAAACAAGUGCUGUGCAGCUUCUAUGACAGAAAUAAAAUGUAUUCUUAUUUGAACAGAACCAGGAGGGGGAGGAAGCAGUGAGUUCCAUCCUUGCACCUGAGACAAUCAUGAGGGUCAUUCUUGUUUUUCCUCUUCUCUCCCUGCUACGAGUUGACGCCAAAACACAAACGUGCCUGGAACGCCAGCAUGAGCGUCUCAGCUGCUACAACGACUACAGUCGCAACAUCACGUGCGUGUGGAACAGCACAAAUGUUCCGCAUGCGGACAAUGCGGUGUGCUGCAUACACGCAGAAAAGAUCAAAUAUCGGACGCGUAUUUCUUACUCAUCUUCCUGUAUGCUGGCACCAGCUGACAUCUCUACACCCGCACUUAAGACGUGUUCUCUGAUCUUCAAGAAAGAAGGCACUUUUCAGUCCUCCGAUGUGUUGAGAAUUUCUCUGAACUGUUCCUCUGUGGAGAUGUCCUACAGGCCGUACUGCCACGUCAAGCUAUAUCCUCCAGGAGAACCAAGCAUCAACCUUACAACGGUUUCCUGGGUCCCGCAAGCAGCCGAGCACGGAGGAAUUUCAUAUUACACCUUCCAGCUGGAGUGGAAGCCAGAGGAUCAGUCGUGGAAUGGGCCGUCAGUGCAGAGAGCCGAAGAAAUACAUUGUGCGUGGUACUGCAAGACGCAGCUGAGCGAAGACUUGUUGAAGCGUGGCGUAACGUAUCAAGCGCGCCUCAGAGUGCGCCCGUCUGAGUUCCAGUCAUUGUGGAGUGACUGGAGUCCCACAGCAUCGUGGACUUCAUCCAUAGGAGAGGCCAGCGAACCACCCUCGGGUUCCUUUGCAUUCAUUGUAGGAAUUACAGUCGUAGGCACAACUUUUUCCCUGUUUCUGGCUGUUCUCAUCUUCAGGACUGACAAGAUGACCUGGGUUAACACUGUCAAGAAGAUAAGAGCUCCACCAAUACCAGACCCAGGAAAGUCCUUCCUGCAGAAUAACUGGGUGAGUCCUCAUUUCAGCAGUGAGUACUUGAAGACCUCCCUGAGGCCUGAAGAAAUUCUCCCUGUGAAGUCAGUUGACCACAUGGACGGUUUUGCACCUUGCAAUCGAGAGCUGGAACUGAAGGAGAAGAUGAGGAGCAAGUAUGACUCAACCGGUUUGAGCUUCUCCAACCCCAGGUAUUCUCAUGUGUGGCUUCCUUCUGCCCACUCCCUCACUGCGGGCAACCUGGAUCCCUGUGCGGCCGAUUCACCUUGCAGGCCCGCUGUGGCUCUUGUGGAUGAUAAAAGCCACAUCAAGGAUUGGGAUAAUAUCCUGGAACUUUUACUGAAGCUCCCCCAAGGCGACAGCUGUGAGGUGAUUCCAGUUAUUUCAGACUAUGCAAAAAUUGAGACGCUCCAGGUUGAUUGUGCCCAGCCACCAGAUACUGGAGUGCCUAGCUGGGAAGAGAGUGGGAAACCUCUUCAGAAGUGUUUUGAUACAGCAGGGAGCAAAAGCCUCUCCACCCAAGGGCCCAUCCAGGUUUGUCUGGACUAUGAACGUGUCCACAUGCUACACGACGACAGCCCCGAGCUUCCCAGCCAGGAUUCUGGCAUCAGCAGUAUGGGUGAGGAGCAAGGAAGUCAAGAGGAGAGUAUAGAGGACAUUCUGGAGGAGAAGCCUAGCAAAUUCAUGUUUCCUGCUGUGACUUCUCCUCCUUUGCCCAAAUUCUCAUCUCCUUUUACACCUUUAAGCAUCUAUGGAGCAUGUUUAAGUCCACAUCUGCAAAGCCUGCAAGCGCUCAUCCUAGAGUCUGACACAGACUUAACGUCAUCAGUAGAGCCCUCUAGUGGUGCCUACCUGUCUGUCUGCAGGAAGAGACCUGAAGAAGAUUGAGGACGGAAAAAUAAAUCUUUAUUUUGACAUGAAUGCAUUAUAUAUUUGAACAAUCUUUUAAUUUAUCGUUAUAAUGCAUGACAUCCUUCCUAUUGUAAUUGCCUUUUGUAUUUAUCUCAAAGUUCAGGCUGUCAAGUGGUUUGGUUUGGUUUGGUUUGGUUUGGUUUAGUUUAUUUGAACAUGAAGGUUACAAUGGAAUACACCUCAUGAAUCAUUUUUUCACAGUUCCACAUGUCCAAAAGGAGUAGGGAGAAGCAAAGCUUAUUUAAUCCUACCCCCCAUCCAAAUCUACAUCUUGUACAGUACAUGUAGUUCACUUCCUGCAUUCCAUGUCAUGUUUUCUGUGAUAGUCAGGAUAAUACAUAAUAGAUAACGGUAAGACAGCC